UUUUUUUUUUUCCCUCUCUCAUCCACUCCUCGAAAUACCAUCGAGACACUCUCCUCUCAUCCCUUUUUUGUCUUGUCUGCUUCACCUGUUCUUCUUCUUGAUACCCCAAACCUCCCGUCACAAUGGCCGAACAGCAGAAGGUCAUGGGCAUGCCGCCCUUCGUUGCCGACUUCCUCAUGGGUGGUGUCUCCGCCGCUGUCUCCAAGACUGCUGCCGCCCCCAUCGAGCGUAUCAAGCUCCUCAUCCAGAACCAGGAUGAGAUGCUUAAGACCGGUCGUCUCGACCGCAAGUACGCCGGCAUCGCCGACUGCUUCCGCCGCACUGCCGCCGAUGAGGGUGUCAUGUCCCUGUGGCGUGGCAACACUGCCAACGUCAUCCGUUACUUCCCCACCCAGGCCCUGAACUUCGCCUUCCGUGACAAGUUCAAGAAGAUGUUCGGCUACAAGAAGGAGAAGGAUGGCUAUGGUCUGUGGAUGGCCGGUAACCUUGCCUCCGGUGGUGCUGCUGGUGCCACUUCGCUCCUCUUCGUCUACUCCCUCGACUACGCCCGUACCCGUCUGGCCAACGAUGCCAAGAACGCCAAGUCCGGUGGUGACCGUCAGUUCAACGGUCUCGUCGAUGUCUACCGCAAGACCCUCGCCUCCGACGGUAUUGCCGGUCUCUACCGUGGUUUCAUGCCCUCCGUCGCCGGUAUCAUCGUCUACCGUGGUCUCUACUUCGGCAUGUACGACUCCAUCAAGCCCGUCGUCCUCGUCGGUCCCCUUGAGGGCAACUUCCUCGCCUCCUUCGCUCUCGGUUGGUGCGUCACCACUGGUGCCGGCAUCGCCUCUUACCCUCUUGACACCAUCCGUCGUCGCAUGAUGAUGACCUCGGGUACCGCCGUCCACUACAAGGGUGCCUUCGAUGCCGGUCGUCAGAUCGUCGCCAAGGAGGGCGUCAAGUCCCUCUUCAAGGGUGCCGGUGCCAACAUCCUCCGUGGUGUCGCCGGUGCUGGUGUUCUGUCCAUCUACGACCAGCUCCAGGUCCUCCUCUUCGGCAAGGCCUUCAAGGGCGCUUAAACGGCGAACCCUAACCUAAGCCUCUCUCUGGGUGGUAAACUCGAUCAACCGUCCCCAACUCUGGCGCUGCUUGCGUGAGCCAGUGCUAGAUCCUGCAGGGACAUGUUGCCUUUUAUUGGGCGGGGAGGAUAGACGUGUGGGAACAAACAAAAACUGGUGGCGCGUGUUGUGUUUGGAGAAUUGGGAAGUUGGCAGGAGAAGCUACCCCAACCCUGACGACACGGUUCACUUUGCGGUUAGACUGGCAUCUGGCAAGGCGUUUUCAUUCCCGACCCUGCUUUGCUUGCGCCCGAUCCGCUGUAAUUAUACAUCCGAACGCGAUUUCCUGAUUUGUAAUUCA